CUACCCCAAAAAGUGCCAACGCAUUGUCCGAUGGCGACCCGCGAAACGACACACUCGAACUAAUCGUACUGAGCGCAUGGUACCUCACAGUGGCUCGAGAACUCUUCUGUGUGCAUGCAUAUGCACAAGAAAAAACGAACUCGCCUGGAGUAACACAGUGGAAUAUUACACCCAAAUCAAUAACUCCAUCACCGUUAGCGGAUAGUGAACCAAGCAUAGCAAAACCGACGACUGCCGUACCACCCCCAGACGAUUUAAAUUUAAAACAAAUGGUUAAUCCUAUUUCGAGCACAACACAACCAGAGGCGACUGUACCUCCACAAAACGAAUCGAAUGAACGAAAUAGUAUAAAUCCAUUUUUUCGAUCCGACUUUGACGAAGGAAUUAUAAGGUGCAAGGAUGGUCUUAUUCUCAAAUCUUGGCGACCUUUAGAAGGAGUUUCCAAAACGGAAAGAAUAAAACGAGGAAUUAUUUAUUUCCUGGCAAUGUGUUAUUUAUUCAUUGGUGUUGCCAUUGUAUCGAAUCGAUUUAUGGAAUCUAUAGAGGUCAUUACAUCAAGUGAAAAACGUGUAACUGUACUUAAUAAAAAUGGCCAGAAAGAAACCAUAUCCGUCCGUGUGUGGAGUCAGACAGUGGCCAAUUUAACACUCAUGGCUUUGGGCUCGAGCGCACCGGAAAUUUUUCUUUCUAUAAUCGAAAUGUUUCAGAAGAAUUUCGAAGCUGGCGAUUUAGGUCCAGGUACAAUAGUUGGUUCUGCGGCAUAUAACCUUUUCAUUAUAAUUGCUAUAUGUAUGGUUGUAAUACCGAAAGGUCAAGUACGAAAGAUACGUAAUUUUCGAGUUUUUGUUGUGACAUCUGUGUGGUCGACAUUUGCUUACAUUUGGUUGUGCUUAAUAGUGAAAUAUAUUUCACCAGGCGUCAUUGAUAUAUGGGAGGGAUUACUAACGUUUAUAUUCUUUCCAAUUCUUGUGUAUCACGCUUACAUUACAGAGCGUCGUCUCUUCUGUCCGAAAUGUUACAAACAAUCAUACGAAACGAAUCAGCGUGGUAUCGUUGUGGGCAAAGUUGAGUCGGCCGAACAAGGCAAGGAUCCUGUACGAACAAGUAUUAAAGAUCUAGUCGAAAGUCCAGAAAUGCGCGAAUUUGAAGAAACACGCCGAGAUUACAUUAUUAAGUUGAAAGAAUUGCGUCGAAGAUAUCCAGAGUAUGAUUUGGAAAUAAUCCAAGCAAUGGCGCAGGAGCAACUAAUCAAAGAUAGUCGUAAGUCAAGAGCUUUCUAUCGCGUUCAUACUGGACGUCGUUUAACUGGGGGGCCAGGCGUACUAAACAGAGCGCUUUAUUUCGCAACUAUGGAAAUAUCAGAGAGAAAGGCCGAAGCUCGUAUGCAAGGAGAGGAGGAUGAAGAGCUUUAUGAUGACUUCGAGACGUGCAUAUAUUUUGAGCACGGCCACUAUACUGUGAUGGAAAGUGUCGGAGAUGUGGAGUUGCAUGUGAUUCGGGGCGGAAAUUUGAAGCAUUUAACAAAAGUUGAAUACUCCACCGAAGAUGGAACCGCGAAGGCAGGCACAGAUUAUGUAGCCAUGAGGGGAGUGCUUGAAUUUGCUCCAGGCAUCGAGCUGCAAACCAUUAAAAUAAGAAUUAUUGAUGAUGAUGUCUUCGAAGAGGAUGAACACUUUUAUGUCCACCUUAAAAAUCCGAGUACGGAAGCUGUUCUUGUAGCACCUAAAGUGGCAACCAUUAUGAUCCUGGAUGAUGAUCACUGUGGCAUUUUCGGAUUCAAGGAAACACAACAUCAAAUUCCAGAAACAGUGAAAAUUUACGAAAUAUUUGUAAAACGAUAUUCGGGCGCACUUGGUAGAGUUAUCGUGCCUUAUUAUACCAAAGAGAAAACGGCAAAAUCGGGGAAAGAGUACGUGGAUGUGAGCGGCAUACUGGUAUUUGAACAUGGCGUUGUUGAGCAAAUCAUAGAAGUUCAAAUCAUCGACGAACAAAGCUUUGAAAAAGAUGUUGUCUUCGAAGUAUAUCUUGGCCAACCGAGGAUUGCAGAAG